AUGACAACAGUCAUCGUUGAUAGUCAACGAGCAUGGGGAACUGUUGUCGGCGGUUUCAUAGCCAAUUUCAUACUUGGUGGAUUGGCUAAAUCCUACGGCAUCAUUAUGGAGGCAUUUCAGGAUGAGUUCGAUGCUCCGGCAGCCAUUUUCACACUCACUGGGGGAGUUAUCUACAUGCUCAUGUUCAUUCUCUAUUUGGGGCAUUUUGAGCUUGCCCAAUUGUUGUGUCAUUGCGUUGUAGCCCUACCGAAUCACUUUGUGGUUCAGCGCAUUGGAGACCGGGCGGUGGUGAUGAUCGGCGGUGUCUGCGCUUGCAUCAGUCUCCUAGUUGCCUCCUUCGCGCCCACAGUUACCGUCUGGGCAAUUGCUAUAGGUGGUGGAGUUGCUUUGGGUUUAGCUUACAUUUAA